GCGGGAGCAGAGGAACCGGGCGUUGUGGGGCCUUCAUCUUCCACGGGCGCCUUGACUACUUCUACCUGGCUGUCUGAGGACAGAGUGAGAAGGAGCCAUGGAUCCUGCAGCACUGGUGGAAGCCAUGGUGGAAGAAGUGGCCUGUCCUAUCUGCAUGACCUUCCUGAGGGAGCCUGUGAGCAUCGACUGUGGCCACAGCUUCUGCCAUGGCUGUCUCUCUGGACUGUGGGAGGUCCCAGGAGAAUCCCAGAACUGGGGUUACACCUGUCCCCUCUGCCGGGCUCCGGUCCAGCCAAGGAACCUGCGACCCAAUUGGCAGCUGGCCAAUGUUGUAGAAAAAGUUCGUCUGCUGGGGCUGCAUCCAGGAAUGGGACUGAAGGGUGAUGUGUGUGAGCUCCAUAAGGAACAGCUAAAGAUGUUCUGCAAAGAGGAUGGACUGAUCGUUUGUGAGGCCUGCAGCCAGUCUCCUGAGCAUGAGGGCCACAGUGUCGUACCCAUGGAGGAUGUCACCUGGGAAUAUAAGUGGAAACUCCACGAGGCUCUGGAACAUCUGAGGAAAGAGCAAGAUGAGGCCUGGAAGCUGGAAGUUGGUGAGAGGAAACGUACUGCCACCUGGAAGAUACAGGUGGAAACCCGAAAGCAGAGUAUCAUGUGGGAGUUUGAGAAAUACCGGCGAUUACUAAAAAAAACACAGCCUCCAGGUCGGCGGCUGGAGGUGGAAGCAGCCGCAGCUCUGGCCAGCCUAGAGCAGGAAGAGGCGGAGACUGUGCAAAAACUGGAGCAGAAUCAUAAUGAGCUCAUCCAGCAGAGCCAGGUGCUGUGGAGGAUGAUUGCAGAACUGGAAGAGAGGUCUCAGAGGCCUGUCCGCUGGAUGCUGCAGGGUAUUCAGGAAGUCUUAAACAGGAGCAAGUCUUGGAGUCUGCGGAGGCCAGAACCAGUCUCCCUGGAGCUAAAGACAGACUGUCGUGUGCUGGGGCUAAGAGAGAUUUUGAAGACCUAUGCAGCUGACGUGCGCCUGGAUCCAGACACCGCCUAUUCUCGCCUCAUUGUGUCUGAGGACAGAAAAUGUGUGCGCUAUGGAGACACCAAGCAGAAACUGCCUGACAAUCCUGAGAGAUUUUACCGCUACAAUAUCGUCCUGGGAAGCCAGUGCAUCUCCUCAGGCCGGCACUACUGGGAGGUGGAAGUGGGAGACAGGUCGGAAUGGGGCUUGGGAGUGUGUAAGGAAAAUGUAGACCGGAAGGAGGUGGUCUAUUUAUCCCCCCACUAUGGAUUCUGGGUGAUCAGGUUGCGGAAGGGAAAUGAGUACCGAGCAGGCACCGAUGAAUACCCACUCCUGUCCUUGCCUGUCCCUCCCCGCCGGGUGGGGGUCUUCCUGGAUUAUGAGGCCCAUGAUAUCUCUUUCUACAAUGUGACUGACAAUGGCUCCCAUAUUUUCACUUUCCCCCACUAUCCCUUCCCCGGGCGUCUCCUGCCCUACUUUAGUCCUUGCUACAGCAUUGGAGCGAACAACACGGCUCCUCUGGCCAUCUGCUCCCUAGACGGGGAGGACUAAGAGCGCCACCAUCCUAGCCAGAGGCCUUGGAGUGUCACCUGGUUUUGGAGGGUCCACCACCAAAAGGAUCCCCUUGAACUAUGCUGAGUCUAAGAUCCAGGGAGCCCUCCGCCUGACCCAGUAGUCUGUUGCUACUGGGCCAAGGUCUCUCACUAACCUACUCCUAUAAAAAAGCUGAGGUGCAGUCAAAUGAGCAUGGCACCCCAGUGAGGGAAGCAUGACAGGGCUAAGAGCAAGGAUCUGAGCAGUUGUAAGGUAAUGUGUUGCUGUGAGAGUCAGGACUCUGUUCUUUCUGUAGCUCAUGUUCCUCUUCCCCAGUCCCUGUAGGUGCCAUAAUUAAGUCAGCAAGGAUGAUGAAGUUGAUCCAACCUAGAGGAAACCCUUUGCAUAGGGUUUGCCAAAAAGCCAAAAGAUACUUGUUCAUGUCCAGAGCUGGUUGCAGUGCUGAUACUAGUAGAGGAUGCUUUGCCUGAGGUUUCCUGUUACUGAGUAACCCAUAUUUGACCCCAACUCUCUGACUCCCUAACUAGAGAAGUGCCUUGCAGCAUUGCACAGGCCACCCCAAUAUGCAUAACCUCUCUCUGAGCAUAAGCCGGGAAAGUCACUCUGUCUCAGACCUAAGGAGAUCUGUGUCCUGGUCCUGCCUUUUCUCCAAGCGUCAGGAUCAGAAAACCUGUGAGCUUUGUUCUUGUGUUCAUUUUAAGGAUGAAAAAACUGAAGUGGCCUUAAAUGCAGUAAAUUACUUCUCACAAAACGGUUGUAAAGCUUAUAAAGUAUUUCCCACAUUCAAAUGAAACAAGAUGGACAGACUUGCUUCUCAGGUCACCUGUCUGCAUAUCAUUCAUUACAGUUGGGUCUGAAACAUCCCAGUGUUGGAAGGGUUUUAGGCGUCCUCAAUGGAAAAAUGGGUAUAGAAAUUGCAGACUCUCCUACCUCACAGGGUUGUUUUGAAGAUCUCAGAUCCAUCCUGUAUUUUUCCUUUCUCAGGCGUGGAGAAAGGCAGGCCAUGGAUUUUGCCUGCAGGAGCCUUCCUGCCUUGCCUGCUUAGAGCCAGCAUCCAUACAGCAGUGCCUUUGUUUCAUAGAGCCUCUCCUGAUAAUCUCAGCCAGUUAGACAGAAAGGUCUCUUGCCAAUGGCAGAUUCUGGGCCACCGUGAUAUGCUGUGCAUCUAUUGUAUGUGUUAUUGUUUGGAUUAGAAUGGGGACUGUGACAUCAGGGUAGAGAAUGGAAAUAAUAAAAAGAAAAAUUUAAAACAGAUGCACUGGAAAGAAGGCUCACCCACAAGCUAGUUGGGCUAAAGUUUGGAUCUUUUUGUCACCAACGGACUCUUCAUGGAUCUGGUAACUACAUAAUAGUCUGCCUUUCUCUUCUCUAAAUCUAUGACAGAAGAAGGAAAGGGCAUGAAAAGCCAACUUAGGAGCCAUACGUUAUAAUGAAAGGGAAGUAAAACUAUGUAUCUGGGCUGUUGACCUUAGGGUGAUGGUUAUACGUGCCAAAACUAAUACAUUACAGGGAUUAAGAGUAUGAUGUGGGAGUGCUUGUGCCUGGAGAUAAAUUGCAAGGCAAGCAUGUGGAAACCAUUGGCCUUGCCUGUUGCAAGGGGCUCUGAUGUGUACAUCAACACUGUCGCCAUGGUACUGUGGAACACAACUUCUGAUGUAGUGGAAGCUUGAAAGUAGUGACUGUUGAAUCAGGAUUGGGCAGCAAAAUAAUUACCAGGUCAGGUAUAGGCAGAAGCAAAGUAAUUCCUGUAAUAAAGAAGAGUAAAUAUUGUCUUUCUACUUUAAUUGUGUUGGUUGUUCACAUAUGGAAGAGGUAAAACAGACUAAAAUGAAGAAAUAAACUCAUUCUGCCCACUAUGCUUCUAAGUCACUCCUCAAGCAUUAGCAGAAGGGGAGAAGUUUCCAUUCCCUGCUUGGUUCCCCGCUUGGAGAGGAAUGAACUGGUAGGUCACAGACCUGGUCUUGGCAAAGGAUUGAGCUGACCUACAUUAAAGGGACCAUAUGUCUUUGUAUAGGGAGACUCCCUGGGGAAUUGUUUAUAAACUUGAGAAAUCAAUUUUUAGGAAGUUCUUUCAGUUAUGUCCAUGGACGCUUAGCAGAAGAAGCUAGGAAACAAACCAGUGUUGUUCUUUUACAGUGGUUUUAUUAGGACUAAUCCUGAAAGUCUCUUAGAAAAAGGAUUUUUAGCUGAUAAAAUCAUUUAAAAGUAGAGUGAAUUGAGUAGUGGAAUGACUUCAUUGUUAACAUGCUGUUUUGGGAAGGGUUUUUUUGUUGUUGUUUUACUUUUAUAAGCUGAUUUGGGGACUAUGAUUACCUGUGAGAAGUACAAGGUUAAACACAUUGUUUAUUUCAUAUUGUCUGAUUUUUAAGACCAGGCAAGAAUCUUGACUCUUAAGUAUAUGAAAACCCUUUUCUCUAGGAUAACUGCUUAUACUUCCUUUCUAAGAACGCCAUGAAGACAAGAACCUUAUUUGUCUGGUUCACAAUUUUAGCCCAGUCUAGCACUCUGUGGCGGGGGGGGGGGGUGUGUAAAUAUUUAAAUGAGGGAACUUUCAUUCAUAUGCCUAGAAUCAAAACAAAAGUAAGCUUUUGUGUCCUAGGGAUGUGAACAACUAUAUGGUAUUUAAUUAUAAUUCUGUUGAAAAAAAACAUGAUUCAAUAGAUAAUCACAAAAGUGGCCCAGAAAAGGAGGAAGCAGGGGUUCAUGUAGAGAAGAGUGUCUGUGCCACUCCCUUGAAUGUCUAGGAUAUCUCCUCCAUCUAGGUGAGAUCGUUCACUGCAAGGCAGGGAUAAGCUUUGCCCAUCCUUAUUCUACUAGCAGAGAAACAAGGGGUGCAAUGAGCCUUGAGGCAAAAGACUGAAAGGGGGAAAUAGUCCUGCAGAGAGACAGGGAGAAUUCUUGGACUCCCUACAGGAAAUCCAGUCUCCCAUUUUUCAAGCAGGAUGUAUUUUAAUCUCUCAAGAUCUAAACACUGAGACUCUUUGUGGGUCCUAGGCACUAGUUAAAUGGCAUAUAUUGAUUAGUGUGAGAGGACAGGUGUCAUAGCUGAUCUGUUAGGAGAAGCACAGGAUUUCCUGUUUGGGGGUAGCCAUGGCAGGAAACUAGUCCACUUUGGAAGUAUGUAGUUCAAUAUCUGAGCACCAACAGUGGGUCCCAGUUAGUUUCAGGGAAUACCAGUGUGAAUGAAACACAAAGCAGGGCAGACUUCUGAGGGAAAUGCUGGGGAGAAAUUACUGUUUUGAGUGCAGGUUGAACUAUGCCUUUGUUGCUCUACAUCACAUUCUAAUAUUCCUGUAUUUGAUGAACAUAGUUGUUUGGGUUGCUUAUAGGAAAACAGCAGUUCUUUGGGUUGCUUAUAGGGAAACAACAGUGUGACUUUUCAAAAUAGAAAUCUUAUCAAAUGCAUUUAACCACCUCAUGAUAUUGAUUUGUUUUUACAUUGAGGAGGAGUUUCAUUUUCAUACUCUUUGGGAAUUCAGUGCAUCACUACCAGGUUUUUAGAAGCUGAUUCCUACUUCACUGGUAUUCAGAAAUAGAAUACAUUCUAGGUAGGCAAGUAAUUUUAGUACUGGCAAAAGGUAUGGAUGCCAAGUUGUUAAGCAGAUUGUUUGGAACAGCUAUCACAUGAGUGUUGACCUACACAGGAAUACACUUUCAAUAGUGCCUUGAACUACUCCUUAAAAGUAUGGAAUUAGAAAUUUAUUUGGUGUAUUUUUAAGUACAGACAAUAUGUCAGAUGUUGUGUUAUAUGGUUUCUAUCAAUCAUUUCUUUAAUCUUUACUAUGUUUGAAUUAACAUUGUAUCCUCCACCAAUAGCAAGGAAAUAGUAAGACUCAGAUAUAAUAACUUGUUAUCAACACUACUAGGAAAUUAUGUUUUAUUAAGAUUUUCACAUGUACCAGUCAAAUAUAUGUAUCUUUUACAUUUGAAAUCUUUUUCUUUUAAUAUACACUGGUUAUUCACUUUAAGACUUUCUGAAAGGGAAAAAUAAAAACAAAGACCAAAUA